AUGAUCACUAGGAACGGCAUUGAGCCGAAUCCAGAAAAAGUAAGAACUAUCCUUGACAUGGAGCCUCCGCGGUCCAUAAAGGAAGUCCAGAGGCUCAACGGGCGUCUGGCGGCCUUAGGCCGUUUUCUAUCUAAAUCGGCUGAACGUUCCCUCCCCUUCUUCCAAAUCUUGAGAAAGAGCAAAGGGUUCGAGUGGACGCCAGAUUGUCAAAAGGCCUUCGAGGAGUUGAAAAAAUACUUGUUGUCCCCGCCCCUGCUUGCAAAGCCAAAGGCAGGUGAAGCCCUAAUUUUGUACUUGGGCGUGUCACAUGGUGCGAUCAGCUCCGUGUUGGUCAAAGAAGAAGGAGGGACUCAGCGUCCCAUCUACUACGUAAGCAAAGCCCUACAUGACGCGGAGCUCCGGUACAGUGUGUUGGAGAAAACAGUAUUUGCCAUAGUCACUUCGUCAAAAAGGUUGGCUCACUACUUCCAAGCUCACCCCAUCCACGUACUCUCACAUCAGCCAUUGGGGAGCUUCCUACGGAAUACUAACAGCUCCGCCAGGAUGGCACGAUGGGCCAUGCACCUCAGUCAGUUUGACAUAGAUUUCAAACCAAGGCCCGCCAUCAAAGGCCAAGCUCUUGCAGACUUUAUAGUGGAGUGCACAGCUCAGGAAGUGACGGACCAGGUAGAAACUGAAGAUGGAGGGUGGUGGACCUUGUCCACAGAAGGCUCUUCAAACAGCAAAGGUUGCGGCGGUGGCGUAGUGCUCGUUACUCCGGAGGGAUUCCGCGCCUAUUAUGCCAUCCGAUUCCACUCCAAAUUAUCUAACAAUGAGGCAGAGUACGGGGCCCUCCUCAAUGGACUGCGAUUGGCGGCGGGACUACGAGCUGAGAAGGUCCGAAUUCGAUGCGAUUCCAAGCUGGUGGUCAGCCAGGUGUCUGGGGAGUAUGAAGCCAACGAAGGAAGCAUGCAGAAAUACAGAGACGCGGUGUUGAGAACCCUGCGCGAGUUUGAGGGAUAUGAGAUACACCAGGUACCUAGAGAGCAGAACGCCGACGCCGACAUGCUCUCAAAGCUAAGUACCGGAGUCCCCAGCCACAUUAGGAAGAUCGCUCGACUAGAAGACCUCGAGACUUCAAGUAUCGACGUUUCGUGGGUCUUCCCUGUGCAGACUAGGGAGCCAUGUUGGAUUGAUCAUAUCAAACGAUACAAGGCAGAUGGCACCCUACCGCAAGACGAGGCAGACGCAAAGGUAACGAAGUUACGGGCGCCCAGCUACGUUGUCUCGGGCGAUAAACUGUACAAACGCUCCUACAACGGCACGUUACUGAGGUGUCUAUAUCCAGAUGAAGCGAAGUUGGUGAUAAAAGAAGUCCACGAGGGGGUAUGCUCGGCGCACCAAGGGGUGUACACCAUCGCACGUCGCAUCAUGUUACAAGGGUAUUUUUGGCCCAAAAUGCUGAGGGACUGCGCCGAGUAUACAAAGCGAUGUCCCAAGUGCCAAGAAUUCCAAGCACUGCCGGGUCGACCUGCGACGAACUACACCCCGGUAAUCACAGACAAUGGCCGUCACUUCGAGGCACGAGAAUUUUCAGAAUUCUUAGCAGGAUGGGGCGUUAAGCACAGCCGGGUGGCGGUAUCUUAUCCUCAAGCGAAUGGGCAAGUGGAGAAUGCGAAUAGAACCAUCCUCGACGGCCUCAAGAAAAAGCUAGAAGUGGUUGGCGGAGCCUGGGUGGAGGAACUCGACGGCAUCCUCUGGGCCUAUCGCACGACACCAAGAAGGGCCACCGGGGAAACCCCGUUCGCACUUGCCUAUGGAUUCGAAGCUCGGGCCCCGGUGGAAGUAAUCAUACCUAGUAGAAGGGUGGAGGAGUUCGAGUCAGAACAAAAUGAACUCCACCAAAGGGUGGAUCUGAACUUCUUGGAUGAAAAAAGAGAAGCGGUAUUCUGCAAGAUGGAGAACUACGGUCGUCAGCUAAAGUCCUACCACGACGCAAAAGUCCGACCCCGGUAUUUCCAGGUCGGCAACCUUGUGUUGCGAAGAAGGGAAGCCAGCCAACCCCUUGAAGGGGGAAAAUUCGCAAAGAAGUGGGAGGGGCCUUACGCCGUGGAGGAAGUCGUUCGCCCAGGAACAUACAAGUUAAAAACUACAGGGGGAAGAAUGAUCGAUCGGGUAUGGAACUCGGAACAUUUGAUCAAGUACUUUCCUUAA